CACCAGGUUGUCACUAUAGACCUAAUUUAACCAUCUGCCCUUGGUACCCAGGGCUCAACAUUUGGAAUGGGAGGUGGUUCUGGGAGCCAAUUAGAGGCCAGGCUUUGGGAGGCGGCAGAGGUGAGAGCCUCACACCUGGGCUCUGUCCGAUAAGUAUAGGCCUGGGUCAGGGGACCUUGCCUAAAGGGCCUCUCUUGACUGGAGCGUGGGAGGUGGCUAAGUCUAUACAGCUGGCCUGGCCUCAGGCCUGGAGCUUUAGCUCAAGGACGAGAAGACCCAUAAAGCCAGGCCCAGCUCCCAACCUCACAUCUGCCAUAAUGCUGCUGCUCAGCCUGACCCUAAGCCUGGUUCUCCUCGGUUCCUCCUGGGGCUGCGGUGUUCCUGCCAUCAAACCAGCCCUGAGCUUCAGCCAGAGGAUUGUCAACGGGGAGAAUGCAGUACCAGGCUCCUGGCCCUGGCAGGUGUCCCUGCAGGACAGCAGCGGCUUCCACUUUUGCGGUGGUUCUCUCAUCAGCCAGUCUUGGGUGGUCACUGCUGCCCACUGCAAUGUCAGCCCUGGCCGCCACUUUGUUGUCCUGGGCGAGCAUGACCUAUCGUCGAACGCUGAGCCCUUGCAGGUUCUGUCCAUCUCUCAGGCCAUUACACACCCUAGCUGGAACCCUACCACCAUGAACAAUGACGUGACACUGCUGAAGCUCGCCUCACCAGCCCAGUACACAACACGCAUCUCGCCAGUUUGCCUGGCAUCCUCAAACGAGGCUCUGACUGAAGGCCUCACAUGUGUCACCACCGGCUGGGGUCGCCUCAGUGGCGUGGGCAAUGUGACACCAGCACGUCUGCAGCAGGUGGCUUUGCCCCUGGUCACUGUGAAUCAGUGCCGGCAGUACUGGGGCUCAGAUAUCACUGACUCCAUGAUCUGUGCAGGUGGCGCAGGUGCUUCCUCAUGCCAGGGUGACUCCGGAGGCCCUCUUGUCUGCCAGAAGGGAAACACGUGGGUGCUUAUUGGUAUUGUCUCCUGGGGUACCAAAAACUGCAAUGUGCGCGCACCUGCCGUGUAUACUCGAGUUAGCAAGUUCAGCGCCUGGAUCAACCAGGUCAUUGCCUACAACUGAGCCCACCAAAAGCCCCUCCCCAGCUCAACCCAUUAAAGACCCAGGCCCUGUCCCAUCAUGCA